AUGCUGGAAAAAAGUCUACUUAUUGGUAUCGAUGUCGGCGGGACAAACACUGAUUCAGUUCUACUCAAUCCCGCAUUAUUAGAAAGCGACAACAGAGGUGUGAUAUCAUUCCACAAGUCUGUGACCACGCCAAACAUCUCCAAGGGUAUUACGAGUGCUCUUGGAAAAUUAUUUGAGGGCAAGUCAGAUUAUUCGCCAGACCAGGUGUUAGCUGUGACAAUUGGAACAACGCACUUCAUUAAUGCAGUAGUUGAACAAGACAAAGCUCGACUUGAGCAGGUAGCCGUGAUCAGGCUUUGCGGCCCAUAUUCCAGCGGUAUGUACCCUUUCUCUGAUUUCCCCGAAGGGUUAAAAAGAAUUAUUCACUGUUACAAUGCAAGUGUGAACGGUGGGCAUAGGGUGGAUGGAAAUGAAAUUCAGCCCCUAGACGAAAAUGCCAUUCGUGAGCAUGCUCUCAAAAUAAAAGAAAAGGGAAUAAAAUCAAUUUCUAUAGUCGGAAUCUUUUCAAUUAUAAAUAAAAGCCAUGAGAUACGUGCUGCAAAAAUAGUGAGAGAAAUAAUACCCGAUGCUAAUAUUGUUUUAUCGUCCCUGGUAUCUGGAAUUGGUUUUCUAACUAGGGAGAAUGCUUCGAUUUUGAAUGCGUCUAUUUUAACUUUCGCUACAAAAAUAAUCCAUUCUUUGAUUUCUUCUAUCAGAAACUCUGGUUUUCAUUGUCCAAUCUUUUUAACUCAAAAUGACGGGACUGUGCUUACUAUCCAUGAUGCAUUAAAAGCACCCAUCCGAACAUUUUCUUCAGGUGCCACUAAUUCUAUGAGAGGUGCAGCAUUUCUUUGCACCAAAGAGAAAGAUAUUGUUGGAAAGAAUAUCAUGGUUGUUGAUAUAGGAGGAACAACUACUGACGUGGGUCUUCUAUUACCUAAUGGUUUCCCACGACAGGUCUCUGCUCAUUCGAUUGUAGGUGGUGUUAGAAUGAACUUUUCUAUGCCUCAUGUUGAAAGUAUUGGUUUAGGAGGUGGUUCAAUUGUGCGUCAAUCGGAAAAGGGAUUAACUAUAGGUCCAGAUUCUGUAGGUUCAGAGAUAUUGACGAAAUCCAAAGUUUUUGGAGGAUCUAUUCUGACAACUUCCGACGUGACAGUGGCCAUGAAUUAUAAAACCGGGAAUGAACUAUAUAGUAUUGGAGAUGCAGAGUUGGUCAGAAAUGAAUUCUCAGAUGAGUUCAAGAAAGAAUUCUCUGAAAUAUUAAAGAAUAAGAUUGAAAGAGUAAUUGACAGGAUCAGGACAAGUCCUGAACCUUUGCCAGUAUUACUUGUUGGAGGUGGAUCUUUCAUUGCACCUAAGCAAUUAGAUGGAGCUUCCAAAGUUGUCCAUCCGCCAUAUUUUCAAGUUGCAAAUGCAAUUGGUGCGGCAAUGGGAAAACUCUCUUCUUCCAUAGAGAGAGUUGAAGUUUUAUUAUCCAUCGAUGAAAAGGAAGCAGUUAUUGAACGAUUGACUAAGGAAGUUACGGCGGAAAUUGUUCAGAAAGGUGCUUCUGAGAGCUCGGUAAAAGUUGUUGAUGUUAGGUACGAUCCUGUACCUUAUGUCGAUAAAACAUAUUCAUUCGGAAUCAAAGUUGUGGGGGAUAUUGACUACAGUCGAGUUGCUGAGGCUUUUGCCUCCUUAGAACUGUCAGAGAACUCAGAAAAUAAUAAAACAGAUAAUUCGCGUACGAAUGAGUCAAGCAAUAAUGUAAAAAAAUCAACCUUCGCACAAGAUGAUGAAAACAGGGAAGAUGAAAUAGCGUUUGAUCAUAUAAGUUAUAUUCCUUCUAUUAACAAAGACAGAGAAUGGCUCUUAUCUGAAGUCGAUUUGGAGUAUCUUAGAAUUGGGACAUAUAUUCUUGGGUGUGGUGGAGGAGGAACACCCUAUCCAAUAUACCUUGACGUGAGAAAUAUGUUGCGGGAUGGUGCCAUCAUAAAAGUCAUAAGUCCCGAUGAUGUUUCGAGAUACAGUACUGAAAAUGGUUCUUACGUUACUGUCGGAUUUGCAGGAUCACCAACGGUGACGGAUGAACAAUUAGCUGGAAGUGAGUUGGUCGAUGCUGCAGAAGCAUUAUUCGAUUAUACCAUGAGUACUGCAGACGGAGUAUUUGCCCUAGAAAUUGGGGGUGGAAAUGGUCUUCAAGGACUUUAUUGUGGCUCCUCUACGAAGUUAAAUUUGCCUGUUAUAGAUGCGGAUCUAAUGGGACGUGCAUAUCCUACGCAUUCACAAGUCCUUCCAACAGUUUGCAGUGAUGAGAUGGUCCUUAAAUUAACAUCAGUCUCAGAUGGAAAUGGUAACAAAUUCCUCAUCACAGAUGCUCAGAGUGAAACAUAUGUCGAAAGGAUGUUGCGAGCAUCGCUUUCUGAAAUUGGAGCAAGUGUUGGUGUUGUUAAUUCCCCUAUGACAAGCAAACAGGUCCAGUCUAUGACUGUCCAUCAUACACUCUCAUUGGCCUGGAGAAUCGGAAGGGCUGUCAGUAUAGCCCGUCAAAAGUCUGAAAUCGAUCGCUUACCCGAGAUAAUUUUGAAGAGCAUAGGCGGCUCCAGAUCUGGCCGGAAAAUCUUUGCAGGUAAAAUAAUUGGAGUUGAAAAACGUCUUUUCAAGGGUCAUGUUUACGGCGAAGUAUUAAUUGAAGACGAACAUAAGAAUAAGUUGUGCAUUCCAUUUAAGAAUGAAAAUAUUGUUGCCAAGAUUCAAAAGAAAGGCUCAUCAGAUUGGGAAGUAAUUUGCUCUGUUCCUGAUUUAAUAUCAGUUUGCUACGCUGAUAGCGGAGAGGCCGUUGGAACACCUGACUACCGCUAUGGAGUUGUUGUUUUUGUCUUAGCGUUCGCACCUAAUAGCUUGUGGACAAACUCUGAAAAGGCUUUAGAUGUUGGUGGUCCAAAAGCUUUUGGACCCGUGUUUCAAGAUAUUGAAUAUAAACCAGUUGGCGAAUAUGUUAAACCAAUCUCGGUAAUUGAUGAAUAUCAAAAUAGAGUACGUUAG